UGUGCCUGGAAGAGGUCUGGAGCAAUGAGGAUGAAGAGGCCAACAAAUCGUUAGGUCUUGGUUCAUGACUGGCUGUGUGGACUGAUGGGGAAGCUGGAGGAAGUCCCCCUGGAGGUGCUAAGGCAAAGGGAGUCCAAGUGGCUGGACAUGCUCAACAACUGGGACAAAUGGAUGGCCAAGAAGCACAAAAAGAUCCGUCUGCGGUGCCAGAAAGGCAUCCCACCUUCUCUGCGGGGCCGUGCUUGGCAGUACCUAUCAGGAGGCAAGGUGAAACUGCAGCAGAACCCUGGAAAAUUUGACGAGUUGGACAUGUCCCCUGGAGACCCCAAGUGGCUGGAUGUGAUUGAGCGUGACCUGCACCGGCAAUUUCCUUUCCAUGAGAUGUUUGUGUCCCGGGGAGGCCACGGCCAGCAAGACCUGUUCCGUGUGCUGAAGGCCUAUACACUGUACCGACCUGAGGAGGGCUACUGCCAGGCCCAAGCACCCAUCGCCGCUGUCCUGCUCAUGCACAUGCCUGCUGAGCAAGCCUUCUGGUGCCUGGUACAGAUCUGUGAGAAGUACCUGCCUGGCUACUACAGUGAGAAACUGGAGGCGAUUCAGCUGGACGGGGAGAUCCUUUUCUCGCUGCUGCAGAAGGUGUCACCAGUGGCCCACAAGCACCUCAGCCGGCAGAAGAUUGACCCACUGCUCUACAUGACAGAGUGGUUCAUGUGCGCCUUCUCCCGCACCCUGCCCUGGAGCUCCGUGCUGCGCGUCUGGGACAUGUUCUUCUGUGAAGGAGUCAAGAUCAUCUUCCGGGUGGGGCUUGUGCUGCUGAAGCAUGCGCUGGGCUCCCCUGAGAAGGUCAAAGCCUGCCAGGGCCAGUACGAGACGAUUGAGCGACUGCGGAGCCUCAGCCCCAAGAUCAUGCAGGAGGCCUUCCUGGUCCAGGAGGUGGUAGAGUUGCCUGUGACAGAGCGCCAGAUUGAGCGUGAGCACCUCAUCCAGCUGCGGCGCUGGCAGGAGACGCGGGGUGAGCUGCAGUGCCGCUCCCCGCCCAGGCUGCACGGCGCCAAGGCCAUCCUAGAUGCAGAACCCGGCCCCCGGCCCACCCUGCAACCUUCACCGUCCAUCCGCCUACCCCCAGAUGCCCUGCUCCCUGGCUCCAGAGCCAAGCCCAGGCUUCCCAUGCAGGUUCAGAAGGAGCAGCGGAAGCAGACGAAGGCCAGUGGGCAGCAGGACAAGACUCUGGCCCCAAAUCAAGCCUUGAUGGUGGCCGCUGCAGGAGAUGCAUGUCCCCCACAGCACAUGCCUCCAAAGGACCCGGUCCCCCAGGACCCAGUCCCUCAGGACUUAGCUCCCCAGGACUCAGCUCACCACCACUCCCAGGAGAGCCUGACAUCCCAAGAGAGUGAGGAUACCUACUUGUAACCUCGGCAGCUCAGGCCCCCGGGGCGGGGUCUCCAUAUACCUACACGGUUCAUGGACUGACACUCCAGGGCUUGCCCACCCUUUGAGGGCCAAACCCCCUGGCUGCUUGCCCGAGAUAGAGUCUGCCUGAGCCUCCUUAUUUAUUUUCUCUAGAGUGGAACUCAGGCUGGCCCAGCCAGGGCAGGCAGAAACCAGGGCCAAGUGGGUGGGGCCUCACUCAGCCCUCUCCUCCUGGGGGCUAGGAUGCUGCUGCGAGGGGAGAGGGUGGGGUGCUCUUUGUGUAAAAUAGAAACGUGUUUUGUACAGAAAUAAACAUGCUUGUGUAGAGA